GCUGCUUUUCAUUUUUUAUAGUUUGUCUUCAUAACAUUUUUUUUGUUGGGUAAGAUGUCUUCAUAAAAUUCUAUUUUCCAGUUGAAUUCUGGGGCAGGUUAGUUUAUAACAUCCUGUAUCUAGAAAUUGGCAUACUAAGUAAUAAUUAACGAUCCUCAUUCGCUGCGAUGACACUGUAAACGCCGGAUAUGAAUCAUUUAUCAUCUACCGGGAGUCUUUGCAUCAGCGUCGGUUUACGUACGUACAUACCUGGAGGUCUUACGCUUGAGAAACUUUCAAGAGGUCCCUCCCGUCCGCCUCGGUCAGAGUAUGAUAUUAAAUUAAACUAGCUAGGUGCAAACAUUGCACGAUGGAUGGAGUUUGAAAGAUAUGGAGAAGAGGAAGAGGCAAGAAGAAUUGAAUUAGAGAUCAAACCUCAGCUGGCUACUAUAAAAAGCCAUGCAUGCAUUGGAGAAACCAUGCAAGAAGAUCAUCCAUGGAGAAGGGGGGUAGGAGGAAGAUGCACAUAGUGAUGGUUCCAUGGCUGGCAAUGGGACAUAUCAUCCCAUUCCAUCACCUCUCCAUAUGCUUAGCCCAAAGAGGCCACACUGUCUCCUUCCUCUCCACCCCAAAGAACCUCCAGAGGCUCCCUCCCACCCCAAAAACCCUAGCUCACCUCAUAACGAAAGUCCCCAUCCCUUUAGUUCAUCGUCCACCUCGCCUGCCUCCCGAUGCUGAGAACUCCCUCGACCUCUCGUACCCCAAGCACCAGCUCCUCAAGCUCGCCUUUGCCUCCGUCGAGCCCACCAUCGCCUCCUUCCUCACUUUCUCCUCCCCUCGGCCUGACUGGAUUGUCUACGACUUCACCUGCCACUGGCUCCCCGGGUUAGCUCGGCCCCUCGGUAUCCGAUCCGCCUACUUCGGACUCUUCACUGCAGCGUUCUUUGCCUUCUUGGGCCCCCCAUUGACCUUCCUUGAUGGCAGUGGCUCGGACAGGUUGACUGUUGAGCGCUUCACCGCAGUCCCCGCCUGGGUUCCUGAGUCCAACUUUGCGUUCCGGCCUUAUGAGAUCGCGAAGUUCGUCCACCGCUCGACCUGCCAGGAAUUCGAACCCGAGUGGUUUGAUCUCCUUGGUAAGCUACUUCAGAAACCGCUCGUACCCGUUGGUCUUCUGCCUCCGACACCGGCAGAAAAAGACGUGAAGGAUGAGGGGAGAUGGGUCUCCAUGCGAGACUGGCUCGAUAAACAGGCUCCAGGUUCAGUGGUUUACAUAGCACUCGGGAGCGAAGUCGAGCUGUGCAUACAAGAAGUCCAGCACUUGGCACUAGGUUUGGAGAAAACGGGAUUACCAUUUUUGUGGGUUCUGAGGAACCCGCCAGAGUCGACCCAGAGAGCAGCGGACAUGCUGCCCGACGGGUUCAUGGAGAGAGUGGAGGGACGGGGUAUAAUAUGCACCGAGUGGGCCCCACAAGUGAGGAUACUGAGCCACGGGGCGGUCGGGGCAUUUAUGACCCACUGCGGGUGCAACUCUUUCAUAGAAGGGCUCGCAUUCGGGCGUGUUCUGAUAAUGUUGCCGAUGAUAAACGACCAAGGCCUCAACGCUAGGCUACUGCAGCGCAAGAACGUAGGGAUCGAAGUGGAGAGAGACGAAAGAGACGGGUUGUUCACGCCCGAUGCAGUGGCGAAGGCCGUGACUCAGGCAAUGGUGGGCAAGGCCGGCGAGCCCAUAAGGGCUUGUGCGAGGGAAGCAAUGGGGUUGUUUGGGAAUAAGGAGAAGAAUGACCGUUACGUGGAUGAGUUCGUUGGUUACUUGGAAGAGCAUACAUAG